UGUUAUUGAGCCACUUUAUAUGAUAUUGGAAUGGGAUCUCAUUUCAUUUCAUUUCGACCCUCGUUAGGUACACCUGAGUACGUACGGAGUCGCACUGAGUAAGAGGCAGAGUCGCGAGUGGGCUGGCCAGAGGCAGUGCAGACUCUGAUUCAGGAGGCUGAUGCUCCUCAGGCUCGGCCAGUCAGAUGUCCAUGCAGUCGCCGUGGGGUUCGUUCCGUUCGGGUCGGCGAGGUUGGAGGCCGCCAGUUGUUCCUUUCUAUUUAUUCCUUCGCUCUCUUCUGUCCUCCGCCGUCUCUCGAUUUUGUCAUCACCGCCUCCCUCAGGUGGUGGUCCCCAAGGCAGACACAUUACGGGGUAUGGAGUACAGUGACCGACUGACUACAUUGUUGUUGUUCACCAUCGGUUUCUUCUGCAUCUUUUCUUUUCUUUUCUUUUUCUUCCCUUCCCGUUUUCGCGCCGCGCCCUCGCAAGGCGUUUUGCAGGCAGCCCCAGAAAUUACACCAUCCUGACGAAGGUUCCUGCCUAAGGUUGCUCCCUGUUGCUCCCUCCCAAGGUACGAACUCUGAUCGGAUGACGGAAUCUCGGAGAACCACGAAGGCCCCUCUCAGCACCU